AUGCAAAAUUUGCAGGCCGAAGGACAAGCUAGUGGACUGUCUACGGCUGCUAGCUCCAGCAUUUGCGAAGAACAUCCGAGAGAGAUCAAGGACCUGUUCUGUCAGAAAUGUGAAGUCUCUCUGUGUUCUGAAUGCGUUCAUUCAGACCAUAGAGGCAGUCCUCAUAGAGUCCUCAGCAUCGAGGCAGCAAAAAAAAGACGCGAGCAAGUGGGAAUAUCGUUGGAAGCCUUCUCACGAUCUGUAAAAGAAGCAUCAGAAACUUUGAGCAAGAUGAACGCAUACAUCCAAACAUUUAUCUCCAAUGAUUUGCAGAGGGCUGAAGAUAUCUGCAAUAUUUACCAACAGUCCUCAAUUUAUGAAAGAGAACUGAAAAAAAAGCGGGAAGUGCUAGACGAAGCGCUAGAGGAGCAACGAAUCCUGGUUGCUAGAUUCCACAGAGAGGCCAAAAAAGAACUGGAUGAAAAGUUUACCGCGGUUGAAGACGCUCUGAGGAAAGUUGGCGAUCAGAAUUAG